AUGUAUCGCUGCCCUAUCAAAUCGCACGGAGAAUUCGAAGAGAGAAAGCCCCUCCCUAGAUGGCUUUCCGUGCUCCCACCAUCGGUCCGAAAAGUAAUUGGAUCUCCCCUCUUGACGAUUGCUAUCGUAGUGCUACUGCUGCAAGUAUAUGCUGUCGGCCACAACAGCAGUAACAACAGUAACAGCAGUAACAGCAAGAGCUCGAAAAAGAGCAUAUACAAGGGAACGCAAUUCUGGAACGAUGAGGACACAUUGGACGUAAAGACUCUGUAUGAAACACCGUUUGCCCGUUUUCAAAUCCACAAAGUCAAGGCUGGAAAGAACAUAAUCAACGAUUGGCUUUGGUAUGAUGAAAUGGAUGCCGUUAAUAUAUUGGUGCAAGAAGCAGAAAGCGGAAAGUUUGUCCUUUUUCGUCAGAAGAAAUAUGCAAAUCCUGGACCACCAACACUAGCGAUCGUUGGAGGUUUGAUUGAACCUGGUGAAACAUCCUUGGAAGCGGCCAAACGUGAAUUGAUGGAAGAAUUACAAAUGGCCUCUACAGAUUGGAUCUCCAUGGGAAAAUAUCGGGUCUCAGUCAACAGAGGAGGUGGACACACACACACCUUUCUGGCCAAGAAUGCAGUUAAAGUGACUGACAACAAUGUUGAAGUCGUGGGCCAAGCCGAUUGGGAACGCCAGGAUGUUGUGAAAUGUACCGAAGAAGAACUGCUGCAGUACGUAUUAGAUGGAAAGUUUGGAGAGAUCAAAUGGACGGCCACGGUAGCGAUGUCGCUACUGAGGUUACGAUCUUGA